GCUGCUUCCUCGGAAGUGACUUGCAGUGUAGGAACAGUGGGCAAAAUGGACAUUCCAAGGUCAGUGGAGUGGGUGAGGAGCCUCCAAAUGCCUCGGUCCAGCUGGAGGGAAUCACUGGCACUACAGCUGAGAAAUUAACUCCAAGAGAACUUGACUACCAAGUGUUUGGAAGUGCUCGCUCUCGGCCGCUCCUACCCCGGACCGGUGCACCUCCGCCGCCCUCCAGUGAGGUCCCAGAAGUGGCCAAGCUGCAAAGUGGACGGAGAUGGCCGUCCUCUCUCCCUGCUCCACGGGGACUCCCCGCACCCAGCUCGCCGCAGGCUCUUGCCGUAGACUUCUCGGACCCCCGGUGUUUUCACUUCGGGGGACGCAGAGGCACGGGGGAAGCCCUGACGGUUUCCGCGGAGACUCGCCUGGACUGCCGCGGCACCCCUGGCGCCGGGGGUUACUUUGCGAGGUGCGGUCGUGCAGCCCCCGGCUGUGUGUGUGACGCUCCAGCUCGCGAGCUCCGACCGUCCGGCGCGGCGUCCGCGGUUCUGCUCCCCUCUGCGCCCCCCGAGCCCGGGACCCCGCGCCGCCGGCAGACCUGGAGGACGCGGGCGCCGCAGCACUCGCCGCCCCAGAGCCGCGCUCCUUCCGAACAAAGCAGCGGCGAGGGCUGCCGGGCUCCUAAACCCUGGAUCGGACCGGGAGCCGGGGGCAGGGGAGGGGGCGUAAAGGGGAAGCCGAGCGGAGCAAGGAGGUUCUUGAAGACCAGGGAGGACGCUCAGACCCAUUUUCCCGGCUGGAUUCGGAACCGCUGCCUGGCUAUGGACCCAUGUGUGUGGAUCGCUUUACCCAGAGGCUUGGAAAGCGCCAGUAUUAACUUGCCUCCAGGUACAUCACAAGGUCACGAGAGGGUCUUGUAGCCGUCUUGUCUGCGUCCAUCUGGACUUUCCGGUCUUGGCCACAAGGAUAUUUAUGUUUCGGUCCACAUCAUCUGAAGCCAAAAGUUCAGCCCUUCGAGCUGGGUUCUGUACAAACAAGGUAACAAGGAUUGCUUUUCAAACUGCUUAACAAAAUCCCCGACUCUUCCUCAGCCCUUUCCCGGCUCUCCCCUCUCCACCAAAAUGUCACCAGCCCAUGAAUUGCGUGGAUUUGGGUUGGAGGAGAACUUGAAGGAAACGUGAUCAAAAGGCUAUGCCAAACCACUGUCUUUUCUGCCUGUGGUCCGGUGGG